CGACGACGAUGAGAACGACAAAGAUGAUGAGCACAGAGGUUUUCCUUUCGAUCUUAUAAUUUCAUUUCGAGUCGAGUCGGUAACUGAUGAGGUUUAAAGCUUUGAGCAUUCGCGCAUUUCAUUGCUUGGCUUAGAAGACGUUUCAAAAGAUUAAUUUCCCUUUUUUUUUACUAUUUUAUUUAUAGUUUCAAUUUUAAUUGCCUUGAAGUUAAUUUUUGGUGUUUGGAAAACAUAUUGUCUGUAUAACACUUACUGCAGGCCCCACGAGAUUCAAGUUCAUUUGAAUAAAACAAAACCUAUUUUAGAUAAUUGUGUAUUUGUAGAUUGGAAGUUAAAGAAAAAGAAGUGAAAACGUCUUGGUUUAACUUAAUUAAAACACACUAAAGUGCGAUUAAAAAAGAAUUAACGAACAAGUUUAAAAGGAGCUAUGGGGAUAACACGUCUAUGUAGAAGUGGAUCAAUUCUAUUCGUUCUGAUACUCACAACUUGCAAUUCACUUGGACAAUUUACCCACAAAAAGCCAUGGCCAACGUACAGCCUACAAAACAUGCCACAGACAGGAUUCACAUGCCACGAUAAGAUUCUCGGUGGCUACUAUGCAGACCCAGAGGCCCAAUGUCAGAUGUUUCAUGUUUGUGUUAAAGUUGCUGGAGUUGGGGUUCAAGAUUUCCGAUUUCUUUGUCCCAAUGGAACAGCUUUUGAUCAAGAAGUACAAAUCUGCGCAAACUGGGGAGAUGUUGAUUGUGAAGAAGCCGUUCUUUAUUAUGGAAGUGAUAACUUUGAUCUAUAUCGCCUAGGAUCUGGUUUCGAAAGUAAACGAGCACCACUAGCCGAAGAAGAAGAGUCAACAUUCCAUUUGCAACGUGCUGAGACAGGUGAUAUUCGUCGAUCGAAAGAAACUCAAGUCGACCAGAAACUUCGCCCAGAAUCUUUAGCAUAUACGAAAAAAUAUGACAGCACAACAAAAAAUUCGUUUUACGAACGAAAUUCCGAUACUCAAAAGAGCAACUAUGAUCAAAAUACAAAUUUUAAUAAAAUCACAUCAAAGUCAGAUUUUUCAAGAAAAUCUACUUCAAGCUACUACACAACACCGAGAGGCAAUGAUAUAAACAGUAAUUCAGAAUCAAAACAGGAUCUUGAUGACCUUUUCAAGGGAUCGCAUAGCUCAAAUUUCUUCAGCAAUCGUAAUGGGGGACGAGAAGAUGAUUUUUACGAUAAGCCAGUCACAUCUGGCACAAGAACGACAUCAAAGCAAUAUAUCAACGAGAAUAGUUCUCAGAAUGUCAUCAACGAUAUAAAUAGAUUUAACGAUGAUAUAACCAAACGACCCCACAGAAGCCGUCGUCCUAGUCAGACCACCCAAAAUGCAUUGACUUCAACUUCAACUCCAAGUCCAACUAUUACAAAAGCUUUCCCCACAUCCAAGCAUCUUACUUUACAGUCUUCUUUCAAUACGGGUUUCGCUCAAGAAAACAUAAACAAUAAUCCUCAAUCGUCAACUACCACAACUCACCGUCCAAAAAGUAAACCUGCGAAAUUUCCCUUUGAUGAUUUCCAACAGAAUAUUCAACCAACUACGUACAACCCAAGCGGUGCUUUUCGGUACAAAUCAACCACCAGCAAGUAUGAAGAAAUCGACGAAACAGCACUUCGGGGUGAAAAACCGGGUCAAAGUACAUUUUUAAACUCCCAAUACGAAAAUCCCAACGAUGUUUUCAAUAAAGUUUCCAAUGGAAAGUCAUCGACCUCUGAGAAUAUCUUCGAAAAGCCACAGUCUAAAAAUACAACUUUUGCAAACAGGAAUGAAUUUACCGACUACACCAAAAACAAAACACCAACUGGUUUCCAAGUCUCACCAAAACCAAAUGUGUCACAAAACAACUCUCCAAAAGGAUCGGUUAAUUUUCAGGGUCAGCUCCUAGAUCCGAAUAGUUUGAAUUCCGAACUAAGGAAUUUUAACCACACUCAGCAGCAGAACCAACGUCGAAUUUCAAACAACCAAUAUAACGAACAUCAACAAACUGAACCCCAGUACUUCCGUUCAAGAACCCUGGAGACUCCAUCGCCCUUUGCAGUGCCUCGGAACCAAAAAGAGACCAAUACGCAAUUUAAUGAAAAUUUCAAUGGAUCUCAUCAAAAAAAUUUAAAUUGGUCCAAAUUAGAAUCGAGUACACCUAGUGGAAACAAUGUUGACCCUCUGCAAAAGCCCAAACAGCAGCACAUUCCCGAAGUUUAUAAUGGACGAAAACAUGGAUAUCUUCCUCUGAAUGGAAGUCAAACUAAACCAGAAAAAAAACACAAUGGGGAUACACUGAAAUACUCAGAAUUCGAUGGACUAAGCCCUCCCCAAAGAGACACUGCCAGAAACCGACCUGAAAAAGGUAGCAUCAUUGAAUCGCAGAUUGGGCAACAAAAUGGCAGAAACAAAGAAUUUUCUCCUCGAUCACAAUCAAAGAAACACCAAUCCAAUUUCAAUGGAAAUAACAAUGAACAAAUAGAAUCAUUCCCUCAAUCUCAAGGAGCAGCUGCAUACAACUCCGAAUCUAAUCAUUUUAAUUCACCACAACAGGAAGUAAGACGCAUCAAACCUAGAACUCGAAAUGGAUUAAUUUCUAAUUCAAAUCCUCCAAAAGAUGUAUUUCAACAAAUCAAUUCAACCUCAACUACCGUAUCAUCAAGUCCCAAACCAUCAAGAGGACGUGGGAGAGUUAAUUAUAAGUCAACAACUCAACAGCAAUCACAAUACCAGGAUAAUAACAUUCAAUCUACAACGAGUGGCCUUAAAAAAUUCUCCACUCUGGUAACAAAGGAUCAGUACAGUCCAACAACUUUUAAGCCAACAACCUAUAAGAAAGCUUCCGAACAGAAAGCCACCAAGUACGUCGAGCCCAAGCAAAGAGGGACUCCAUACACAACAACAACUACGCCCUCUCCCAGCAUAGCAUCACAUUCCUUAAACAGUCCACCUGAUGAGGACGAUGGCCAAUAUCAUCCGGAGCUGUAUGAGGUCGAUGACUCCCAGAACUAUGAUAUACCAUACAAAAAGCAAUCGUCGUUGGUUUCAUCUUCGACCAGUUUACCAACACAAAAACCUCAACUUAAACAAAAUUCACAACCCACUCAUUCCCCACAGUCGCAUUUAAAAUCGCAGCAACAGACAGCUUUCCAGAAACAGUCAUUCCAAUCUCAAGGCACUAACUAUCAGUCUAACCAACAAGAUCAACACUCUCAAGCCAUUCCCACAGAUCUCAGCGAUGAAGAAGAACUCUUUAAGACCGCUCAAUCCCUUAAUCUAGGUGCUGCCAGUAUAAAUAAGUUGCGUUUUGACACCCUCAAGACUUCUGGCAAAGCAACACAACAACAAAAUUCGAAUUUCGCGAUAGAAAGGUCAACACAUUCCACAAAAAUAUCAUCAGAAACCUCAACAACAACAACAACAACAUGGAGACCAACAACAAAUUAUAUUGCUCCAACCACACAAUCACAGUCACCUUGGACGUCAUCGGCUUCGAAAAAACCGAAGAAGUCAUCGAGUUCGAAAAGACCACCACAUGCAGACGCCGAUACAAGCUAUGAUUAUGCUUACUACGAUUCCUUGAGCGAAACACCUCAGGAAUACUCAGAAUACGAUGUCAUAUCAGAAUUUAGAAAAACAACGAAAAAACAAUAGUUUCCGCCGUGUCGGAGAGAAAUUGGGAAUUAGUUUCUUGUGUAUUUUAGGUUAGAAAAUUAUUCUUUUUUCUUUAUUUGGUCAGUUUAUAGUUUAGAUUUCUCAUUAACUUCUAACCUCAGCUUAAAAUGUCACGAAAUUUUAAAACUUGUGUUCUUCAUUAAUUUCCUUCUUCAUAAAUAUUUGAUUGCUUGUCCGAGUUAGCCACAAAAUCAAGAAGAUACGGGUAGUACCAGA